AUGUCUUGCUAUGACCUGUGUCCACCCACCACCUGUGGCCCAACCCCACUUGCCAACAGCUGCAACGAGCCCUGUGUCAGGCAGUGCCAGGACUCAACAGUCGUGAUCCAGCCCUCUCCCGUGGUGGUGACCCUGCCCGGACCCAUCCUCAGCUCCUUCCCUCAGAACACCGCUGUGGGAUCCUCAGCAUCUGCGGCUGUUGGGAGUGCACUCAGUGCUGGAGGGGUCCCCAUCUCCUCUGGAAGCUCCUCGGGAUUUGGGAGCUUUGGCUAUUCAGGCCUGGGCAGUGGGUACAGACCGGCCCCCCGCCGCGACAACAACUACCCCUGCCGUCGCUACAACACCUACCGCAGUGGCUUCUAUGGGCCGUGCUAA